GAUCAAACCAUCGCCGAGCAACGCCCUUUGGCCUGACCGACAAUGAAGGCGGGGUAGCUGAGUGCUGAGCUCUUCGAUUGAAAGACUGUGACCCGGGGAGAAAUUGAGCUUCGGGGGAAAAACAGUUGCUGGUCGGGUUGUCCGGGCGGCUCCGAGGCUACGCAUGGCUCUGCUCCGCCGAGGCUUUCCCGGGGGGACUGGCGCCGCCGCAACUGCCAUCACUGCGAACCUGAAAGGAGGCCCAGGACUGGGGAGGCCGGUGUUUGGAAGCAGUAACCAAUCCAGAGCAUCAGGCUCAUUGCCAGAGGAACAGAAGGUUUUUUUGCAAAAUGGACCUGAUUUGCAAGACUUUGUGUCUGGGGAACUUUCGGAUAAAACUAAGUGGGCCGAAUAUAAAGGCAGUUUGAAGCGCCAAAAAGGAGAGAGGCUGAGACUUCCGCCGUGGCUGAAAACUGAGAUCCCAAUUGGAAAAAAUUACAACAAGCUGAAGAACACACUGCGCAGUUUAAAUCUCCAUACGGUCUGUGAAGAAGCACGUUGUCCAAACAUUGGAGAAUGCUGGGGAGGAGGUGAAUAUGCUACUGCAACAGCAACUAUAAUGCUAAUGGGGGACACAUGUACACGAGGUUGUCGCUUCUGUUCAGUAAAAACAGCAAAAGCCCCUCCCCCACUAGAUCCUGAUGAACCAUAUAAUACAGCAAAAGCAAUAGCUGAAUGGGGGCUGGAUUAUGUUGUUCUGACCUCUGUGGAUAGAGAUGAUAUCCCUGAUGGUGGAGCAGUACACUUUGCAAAGACAGUAUCACACUUAAAAGAAAGGAAUCCCAGAAUUCUAGUGGAAUGCUUAACUCCGGAUUUCCGAGGGGAUCUUAAAGCUGUGGAGAAAGUUGCUCUGUCAGGAUUAGAUGUAUUUGCUCACAAUGUGGAAACAGUUCCAGAAUUGCAGAGAAUGGUUCGUGAUCCUCGAGCUAAUUUUGAGCAGUCCCUCAGCGUUUUGAAGCAUGCAAAGAAGGUUCAGCCUGAUGUAAUUUCUAAAACAUCCAUCAUGCUUGGUCUAGGUGAAACCGAUCAACAAAUACUCUCCACGCUGAAAUUAUUACGUGAUGCAGAUGUAGAUUGUUUGACCUUGGGACAAUACAUGCAACCAACAAAGCGCCAUUUAAAGGUUGAAGAAUAUGUUACUCCUGAGAAAUUUAAAUAUUGGGAAAAAGUAGGAAAUGACCUUGGAUUUCAUUAUACUGCUAGUGGACCUCUUGUGCGUUCUUCAUACAAAGCAGGUGAAUUUUUCUUGAAAAAUCUAAUACAGAAGAGGAAGACAAAAGACAUUUGAAAACUCAGCUAUCCACAAGGAGGAGUCUACUACUUUAAUUAAAUAUAUUCAAGGCAGCAUUGAAGAACAAACUGCGUAAGGGAUGGACAUUCCUCAGCCUUUUUUAAAAAUCAAAAUUAAACCCAACCUUGAAGUA